AUGGGGACUGUGUUAUCUUUGUCUCCAGGAUCUAGGAAAGCCAGUCUGUAUGAUGAUGGGUCAGGCUCUCUGGCACAUUAUAGCAGUGUUAGUAAGAGCAGCGGGCAGAAGCCUGAUAAAACCUUAAAGAGACAUUCUAUGUUUAUUCCAGCACUUACAUGGAAGAGGCUUGUUGCUUCUACUAAAAAGAAAACCUCUAGAAAGGGCACCACUAACAAUAACUACCAGAAGGAUGUUGCCCACCUGAAUCAUGAGAAUGUGAAAAAAUCAUUGUCCUGUGCCAACCUGUCCAGCUAUGAAAAUCAACCUCUGGCACCGCUUAGUUCUAAGCAGAUCUCUUCAAUCAAAAAGGUCUCCAACACCACAACUGGAGGCUCUCCAAAAAGAGUCAUUGUCCAAGCCUCCACCAGUGAGCUACUAAAAUGCCUGGGGGAAUUCUUAUGUCGGAGAUGCUACCGGCUAAAGCACUUGUCUCCUACAGAUCCCAUCCUAUGGCUGCGUAGCGUUGACCGCUCUUUGCUACUCCAGGGAUGGCAAGAUCAGGCUUUUGUAACCCCAGCUAAUGUUGUCUUUGUCUACUUGCUCUGCAGGGAUGUCAUUGAUGGGGACUCUGUGGCCACUGAACAUGACUUACAAGCCACACUUCUAACCUGCCUCUACCUGUCCUACUCAUACAUGGGCAAUGAGAUCUCCUACCCCCUAAAGCCCUUUCUGGUGGAAGCUGGAAAAGAUGCCUUCUGGGACAGGUGUCUUUGCAUUAUUGAUGCCAUGAGUGCCAAGAUGCUUCGAAUCAAUGCUGAUCCACAUUACUUUACCCAGAUCUUUGCAGAUCUCAAAAAUGAGGGAAAUCGAGAUGAGUUCUCCAGAGUUCUAGACCGAUGACUGUCACAGGAGAAGGUCCAGACCUAUCACAGCACUUGAAGGCCAUCUCUUUUACACAAUGUCAAUGGCCAACUCUGAUCCAGUAGCCAAAAAAGGACAACAAAGGGACCACAUUACAACCUUGUGUGCAUUGCCUACGUUGGGAUGUGAUAAAAACACAAGACAUCUUGGCCACCAUACAGCGUGCAUCUUGGGUCGUUUUAGGCCACCAAGUGCCUGAUGGUCAUUUCACAUGCACACCCAAUAGCAUCCUCCGCGUACCAAACAGAUUUUGUUUUUCUCCGCACGACGCAUGGGGGCUGCCAUAACGCAUUCCAAAGCAAUUCUAAUAUGAUGACCACACCACCAUCAGUUUUUCUAGAUAAGAGUAUUAUUUGUCAGUGGAAAAAGAAAUCCUAAGUUUUUAUUUAACUGGUGUUUUACAGAGAAGAAAUUCCAACUUCACCUUGAUUUCUGAACCCCAUUCACU